AUGAGUGUUAAACAAGCCUGCAUCUUUCUCCGGGGAGGAACAAGGAGACAAUCAAGAACUCUCACACACGACGAGAUAGAAGAGUUACGUGAAGCUUUCGUGGAGUUUGACAAGGACAAGGACGGUUUGAUAAGCUGUAAAGACUUGGGGAACCUGAUGAGGACCAUGGGUUACAUGCCGACGGAAAUGGAGCUGAUAGAACUGGGCCAGAACAUCAACAUGAACUCGGGAGGACGGGUGGAUUUUGAAGACUUUGUGGAACUAAUGACCCCCAAGCUGCUGGAUGAAACUGCAGGGAUGAUUGGCUUGAAGGAACUCAAAGAUGCUUUCAGGGAGUUUGAUAUCGAUGGCGACGGCGCCAUCACAUCUGACGAGCUGAGACACGCCAUGGUGAAGCUGUUGGGGGAACACGCCAGCAAGACGGAAAUUGAGGCAAUUGUCAAGGAAGCUGACAACAAUGGAGACGGAACGGUCGACUUUGAGGAGUUUGUGAAAAUGAUGUCACGGAAAUAA